AUGUCUCGACAUUCGACUUCUUCAGGCCCUCCGUCACCUUUACUCCAGCAGCCUAGUCAACCCAUGGGAAACCUUGACCUCCAAGGCGUAUCCUCAAAUGCCAUUUCCUCUCCGGCGCACAACACAGACCACCUCGCAGAAGAUGAAAAGACCAGCAGCCGCACGUCCCGUUUUGUCGGCAACAUGCUUGUCUCUCGUAUAGGCCGCGCCUCCUGGCAGAGUCUAGAGUCCACUGCCCGCCUCCCCUUCUACCUCUCGCCCUGGGGCGACAACCAUCCCUUCACCCUGCCCAACCUACGGAAGCGCGACCUCGCCCUCGCAGGCGUCGCACACUUCGGGCUCGACGCGCUGGGCGCCAGCGCAGUCACCGUUGUCGAGAGCGCUAUGGCACACGCCGUGUCCGCUACUGUCGAGCAGACGGCCGACGAGGGGCUCUCGAAAGUGACGGGCAAGAUGAGCAAGGGCCAUUUGGUCCAGCGCCGGGUCGGUAUGAACAGCCUGACGCUGCGAAUCAGGCACAAGCUGAUCGGCGAGGCCGCCGAGCUGGUCUUCCAGGGCGUGCGAGACACGGAUGACCGCAUGGCGUGCGCCAAGGGGUGGUUCUGUCCCUACUUGUACGCCUCGGGCCGCGAGCCUGAGAUCGCACGAGCCAAGGAUUUUGCCAUGGCCCAGCUCUUGACACCGAGGCUGGCGGCGGAUGCGAGCAUUGCGCCGACGCUGCUCUCGUCAUUGGUGGAAUCGGACACGCCUGUUGUGUCGCCUUUCGGGUGCUCGUGGGAGGAUGCGUCGUUCAAACCUGGCUUCUCGUUUCCCAAGUUCAAGAGGAUGGCCAUCUUCUUGACGGGCAUCUCACCGUACCGUUACAUCACUACGCAGUCAGCGUGGUCCCACUCGAGAAUACCGAAUGAGGCGCGCAUUACUUUUCACUUGUUCACGCAUGUGCCGGCCAUCGUGCUGCCGGUUAGGGACCAGUCGCCGAUCAUGGCGUGGAGUCCGUGGACGGUAGCGCAGAUGUUGGAGAAGAAGUCUCGUUAUGACAUUCGAAAGCAUGUGGGCGAGCUGCUCGACUUUAUCGGCACAGUCAUCGACGAAGACGCGGCACAGAGCAGUCUCGGAUCUUCUGAACAUGGAUGGCGCGACAUCAUGGAGGGUUGUCUACAUUCCAUGCUUAGCGCUGUCCUCAAUGUUCCAGAUGCCAUCCGUGAAACUGCCAAAGAGUGCUGUGAGCUGGAAAGGACAGGUGUCGUCGCUUUCAGAUAUUAG